AUGGACACUUCCUAUCUGUCGCAGCAGGUCACAACCAUUGUCGAGCGUCUGCAUGGCUUCUUCGACGAGAUUGGCGUGCCCAGCCACGAGCGCGAUUCACGAGAGUCCGAGCUCUUCUCCGCUCUAUCAGAAACACUCCACAAUCAGCUCAAUCUGGUGGCCAAGGAGAAACAUGACCUCACCGAAGAGGCACAACGGCUUAUCAAGACCAUUCGCCAGAUGGAGCGCUCGCUCGACGACACCCGCCCCAAGGACGACUACGARGCUGAAAAGGACGGACUCAAGAUCACAUUUCCCCUCGUGAACUGCAUACAACGUCUGAAGGAGAAACACCACACUAUUUCAAAGCUCCACCGUGAGCGCUACGAGCAAGUCAAGAAGCUCGUGGAAGCUCUGGAAUCAUAUGCAUCACACAUCGAGCCGGCUUUCGUCAAGAUCAAGCUGCCCCCUACGUCUCCCAAGGCCGAGAUCCCACCCACGUUCGACCUAUCGCCUACCUAUGUCACCAAGCUGGACGAUGAAUUCACCCGCGUUUACGACGAAUACAAUAGGCGUCUUGCGACAGUGUCCCAAUGCGCCGAGGACAUCAUUAAUCUCUGGUCCGAGCUCGGCACACCACAAGCACAAGUCGACAGCCAAAUUGUUCAAUUCGCACGAGAUGCACCCGAACAGCUUGGUCUGCAUCAGGAAGACCUCAAGCGACUGACUUCGAAGCGCGAUAAGCUCGUCUCAGAAAAGCAGCAGCGAGAGCRGAGGCUCAAGGAGCUGCGUGUCACGGUCGAAGCGCUUUGGGAUCGAUUGGGUGUGGAUGACAGCGAGCGAAAGCAAUUCCUUGCUGCCAAUCGUGGGUGUGGCGUCCGCCAGAUUAACGAAUUCGAGGAUGAAUUAUCCAGACUGAACGAGCUAAAGCGCCAAAAUCUCCACAUCUUUGUCGAGGAUGCGCGGUUCAAACUUCAGGAGCUGUGGGACGGGCUGUACUAUUCAGAGGAGGAGAUGCUGGACUUUACACCUGCUUUCUCCGACGUCUACUCUGAUGCUUUGCUAUCGGCCCACGAACACGAGAUCGCGCGAUUGGAAGCGUUGAGGGACCAGCGGGCCCCAAUUAUCGCUGCCGUGGACAAGCAUCGCAGCCUGAUUCAGGAUCGGGAGGACUUGGAGAAGAGCAGCCACGAUGCAUCAAGACUGAUGAUUAAAGGUGCAAAAGGAGAAAAGCGUGAUCCUGGCAAGCUGCUUCGUGAGGAGAAGAUGCGCAAGCGCAUCGCAAAGGAUCUCCCCAAAGUCGAGGCCGAUCUCCGCAGAACACUCGAGUCAUGGGAGGAAGAAUACGGGAGGCCCUUCUGUGUCUACGGAGAGCGAUAUCUGGACGCACUAGAUGCGGCUCAAUCGAGAGCUCCUCCCCCACGCAGCAAGACACCCAAUGCUUUGAGCUCCACCAUGAGAGACGCGCCGAAGAGCGCAGGUCGUGCUUCAGCCGCGCCACAAUCCCAAGGCAGAAGCAAUACUGUGCGCGGCGGGAACCCAACUAGGAGCAAGACCCCGACCACGAUGUCUGGACGUAACCCACUGGCUUCAUCCACCAUGUCCUUCUCGCAGUCAGUCAUGGGUACUAGCUCGACCAUGAAGAGCCCGUCCAAGAUUCCUGGAGCAUCAUCGUCACGUCUUCCCAUGGGCUCUCUUCGGGAUGGUAACAACUCUCCGGAGCGCCGCGAGAGAACCAAACAUGCUCAGUACCAGACCGAGGGCGAAGAGAUGAGCCGCACGGUCCGUGGUAACAUGGGCCCACCAAAGGCGCCUCCACCUCCGAGGAUGAAGGACUUGUUCAUUCCACCUACACCCACCAGAGGCAGCAAUCAAGAGAACGGGAUUGAACUGGAGCGCCCCUCGAGCGUCCUUCGUCAUGUUGUAUCUGAGGAUCCAUACGACGACACGAGAUAUCGAAGCAACAACUAUCACAACAUGCAUUCUGCAGGACCUGGUCAGCACGAUGCCCGCUCUGUGGAUUCUUACGCCCGCUCGGUUGGUUCCUUUGCAUCGAACAGCUCCCGACCUAUGAGCCGACAAGCAUAUCCAUCGCAUGGCUAUCCCAUUGCGCCUGCAUUCUCCCGCCAAACGAGUAACACAUCGUCGGUCAUGAGCGGCUCGGCGAUCAACAGCGGCAGCGAAAAUUGGGAAACAUAUACUGAGAACUCCGAGGACGCCGACGAGCAGGAUGCAACUGACGCUUAUUAUGCAAAAGUUCAAGCUCAGCAGAUGCAUCCUGCGAACAAACGACCCGGCACUGCAACCAACGGCACAGUAGCAGCCAAGCGAGUGCGUGAGCAGCCCAUAAUCGAGGGCAGCGAUGGGGGUUGGACCGAUGAUGGUGAUGUUGGAGAGAGCUAUUAG